AUGUCUCCAAACACACGAUUUGCGCGUUCCUCUACUUACCCUGGUACCCAAUCGCACAUCCACCCUUCAAGAACGAUCUCUGAACCAGGUCGUCAGAAUGUAAAACGCUCUGUUACGACCGUAAACGAAGCUGUGAAUGAGGAUGAAGUUGUACCCAAUAGAAUAUCGAAAGUACGUAAGAGUAUAGCUGAUCUUGAGCGUAAACGACAUAUCAGCUUACUGGAGAAACAUAUGAUAGGGAAAGUUAGUAACAAGAAACGGGAUCUUGCUGGUGAACUGGCUGUGAUACCCAAACGAGUACCUUUCAAAUGGCAGCGUGGAAACAAAAUAGGUGAAGGACAGUUUGGUAAAGUUUAUUCAUGUGUGAAUUUGGACACGGAAGAAGUGGUUGCAAUGAAACAGAUAACAUUUCAUCCUAACGAUCACAGCGCCUUCACAAACUUGGCUGAUGAAAUAAAAGCUUUUGAAGGUCUAACACACGACAGUCUUGUAAAAUAUUACGGAUGUGAAGUUCAUCGGGAUGUCAUGUAUAUAUUUAUGAUGUACUAA